AUGAAUCCCACUCUCCGGGCGUUCAUGACGGAGAUCCCCGACCAAGAACCAGACGAGAAGGGCGGGAGGCGGGCCAUCGACCUCGGCGAGGGGAGCGAACUCAUCUACGUCCCUCGAUUCCUGCCGCAGCACCGGUCCUGGACGCUGUUCGAUUAUCUCAACAGGGAGAUCCCCUGGACCAGGCCUACCAUCCGCGUCUUUGGCAGGUCUUGCCUCCAGGUUAGCCUCUCCGCUGGUUCCAGCCCCACCCCCCCUCGGCCAUUCGGCGCCAUCUAAUGGAUGCUCUUGCCGUGAGGAGCUUCUGGACUGCCCGUGCUUCAGCUGGGGGGAUUCAUACUCCAGUGACCUUCAGUCUGCUCUAAUGGGGGUUCUUCUGUUGUCGUCUCUGCUCCUAACCCUGAGCUCAGAGAUGUGGUCCCCCAUUAUUUCUCUUGUUUUGGGUAGGUUGAAGCUGCUCCCCCAUGCAAGUUUAGUAGGUUUUCCAAGGUAUUUCUGGCACUAACAUAACAGGUUGAAGGAGAAUGCAUCAUCUUCAUACCUCAGAUGUUUAGGGUUCAGGGUUUAUGUUCUAUGUGGCUCAUGUUUUAGGGUUUAAUGUGGACUAGGGCCACCGAAGAACAUCUACGCCGCCAUUACUCCGCGGCUGCUCAGCCACUUUAGAUAUAACGAGAAGGACCCACCCUUCCAUUCUAGCGGUCUUGGUGCAUGGCUCAGAUAAACCCUUAGUUUUUUUUUUUUCGUUUUAGUGUAAACCCUGCUACAAUCUCCCAUAGUUUCCAUAAUAUUCACUGAAUAAAUAUCAAUAUCAACUUAUAAUAGAAAUUGAUAAAAUAUUACUUGAUGCCCACAUGAACAAAUCUGAUGUGAUUCACUUAGCACCUUUCUGUGAGUAAAAACUGAAAUUAAAAAAUAUAUAUUGUCUUAAAUUAGAAAAUAUUAUACUGUUGAUCUAGGCCAUUCGUCUUCUUCCUCCUUAUUUUUUACUAAAAAUAUACAUUUCAUGCAGCCUCGAGAUACAUGCUACAUCGCUGAUCAAGGCCUCCCAGAACUGCAAUACAGCGGGUACAAGCCCACUGCGCAUUCAUGGGGCGACUACCCGCCACUGAAAGAUAUCCUGGAGGCCGUAAGGACUCAUGAUCUCUCCACCAGCCUUAUGAAAAAAGCUACCCCUCCAUCAGUGUAGUUCAUCUUCUCUCUCCUUCCUCUCUCUCUCUCUCUCUCUCUCUCUCUCUCUCUCUCUACACAGGUUCUUGAAGCUCUCCCAGGCAGCAGCUUCAACAGCUUGCUCUUAAAUAGAUACAAGGGGGGUUCUGACUAUGUGGCUUGGCACUCUGACGAUGAGAAGCUGUAUGGGCCUGCUCCAGAGAUAGCAUCAGUCUCACUGGGAUGUGAGAGGGACUUCCUCCUGAGGAAGAAGAAGCCCACCAGAGCUGCUCCCCAUGGUAAGCAUCUAGGUAGGAAGAAAGCUUCCCAGCUGGGCACCUGCAACUCUGAGCUCUCUUUCCAUACUAAAUCAAUGGCCUUGUACUAUUCUUAGAAAAAAAAAUACCUUUUUUGACUGUUCAUCAUCAGGGAAACGGCCCAGAGAGAACUGCCUCGACCAGCACUCGCUGGUGUUGAAGCAUGGUUCGCUAUUGGCCAUGAGAGGAUUCACCCAGAGAGAUUGGCUUCAUUCCAUACCCAAACGGGCAAAGGCCGGCUCCAUCAGGAUCAACCUAACAUUCAGACAAGUGCAGAUAUAA